AGCUGUUCUUUGUAUUGUCCUUAUUCUUGCAACUUUUCUGUACAUUUGAAAUUCUAUCCAAAUAAAAAGUCAAAAGAAGUUGAAUAGAAAUAUAGGUCUGGUGAAGCAUGUCUUGGAGAGACAGACAUUAAUGGCUGUGAAUGAUUAAUGGGCUAGAUCUUCCUAUAAGACAAGGAAGAAAAGACCAGCCAGCCCUUCCUCUGACUACUUUGACUGAAAACUUUCUUUCUUCAGCAGAUUCAAAGCCAAAAGUCAGUCCCUGGCCCCUCUGCCCUCUGGCCUUCGGCGGUCAGCAAUUUCUCAGCCACCAUGAACUCUGCAGUCAUUUUAUUCCAGAUUCAUGUACAGGAAAUCAACUCCAACCAGGGGAUCUUUGCCCAGAUGACCACCAGCAGCGGCAGCAACAACAUUCUGAUAAAAACCACUGGGGGGCCAAAGCAGAAGAUCAAGGAAUGGGAGUCUCUACACCUUUGUUUUGGAGUACAAAUGAGAAGGGGACUUAAAUGGUUUUCUCUAGCCCACCCCAGGGACCACCAGUAAGCUCUCAGGGAGGCAACAAAGUGUUGAAGGUCAAUGCAGCCCAGAGGGUAAGCUCUGGGGAAGCAGACAAUAUUCCUGAGAGGGCAGAACUCUCAGGAUUUGGAGCAGUCAGGUAGAGGUAUGGACUAGGUUUUAGCCAGAAGUCAAACCUCUUCAGACACAGGCUGUUACGAGCGGGGAUAUCUCCUGUGUGCAGAAAGUGUGGGCGAAGCUUUAGCAGGAAGUCACAUCUCAACAGACAUCAGAGGACACACGGGAAAAGCCUUAUAUAUGUGGGGAGUUGUGGGCAAGGCUUUAUAGAUAAGUCACCCCUCUACAACCACCAGAGUACACACUCAGAGAGCCUGUGUGUCGCAAACUACAGAGCCCACACGCCCUGGAACCUGCACGCCACAACUAGAGAGAAGCCCACACACCGCAAUGAACCUGUGCGCUGCAAUGAAAGAUCCCACGUGCCUCAGGAAGAUCACACGUGCCGCAACUAAGCCCCGAUGCAGCCCCCCCAAAUUAAUAAUAAAUAAAUAAAUCUUUAAAAAAAAGAAAAUAUCCCAGCAUACUUGAACAGCAUGUGGCCUUUGGUCCCCCUUGGGGACAGGGAAGCUUGGUCCCUCCUGGAAGCAGCUGCAGUUGGGAUAGAGAGGAAGGGAGUGUGGAGAAUGCUGCUCUGUGCCAGUAUGGAAGGCUUUACAUUUUUCACUUUUAAGUGGGUGCCUCAUGGCUCAACCAAAGGAACUUUUGUUUCUGAGUGUUUUCACUCAGAAAGUUCUGUCUUCAUUGCUGACAUUUACUUCAGCUUUGGAGACUGCUUGGCUAAGGAUCACCUUUCAGCUUGACUGCAGAGCUGUCUGUCCCAUUGUCAGAGCAUUCUUCCCUUCUCUCCUGGAAGAAAGUAAGCAACAGUCAAGGCCACAUCUAGGGGCUUGUUACAAUCCUACCUCUCACCAGUCAGCCUAUAAAUUUUUAUCAACAGGUAGGACAGGGGGGCCCCACUGGGCGAGAACAUUUUCUGAUAGAUCCCAGUACCAUAUCCCUGGAACUGGCCUAUGGGAUCCUUUGCCCUUCUUCCAGAAAGCCAUGUCUUUAUCACAGCAUCACAUCCUCAUUGCC